AUGGAUACGCAUAAGGAGGAUGAUUAUGUUAACUGGGCCUCCCAGUUUCUAACUAGUUUAAGCAGUGACAAUAUAAUUCGUCACCGUGCCGCCCUUGACCCCAUAAUAGAGCACAUUGGGCCCCUUCUUGGAUGGACAAGACCCACCCCGGGUACAUCGCGCAUGAUUACAGCAAAAGAACUCCUGGAUUUGAUGCAGUCAUCAUUGAGAAUCAUCCAAUCCUUUCUCGCUUGGGAUAUGGUCGAUUUCAUAGUUGCUCACACCCUGAAGCCGGGCGGCAAUUCACUUGCAUCGCUCCGCCCAAUGCCGGAUGUCUUCGGCCUGCUGUUACAUACUCUAUACAUACUUGGACACACGACAGCAUGUUAUGGACCCGAUGUCGACCACUCAGCAAGAGCUUCAAAUCGAGAAGAAUUUUUUAAGGGAAAGAUUCCCGCAUAUUGCAAAACGAACAAGCUAGACAGAUCUACUAUGGAACGGUGUAUUGGGAGAGGGAGCAAGGCUAGCCUCCUUGGAGUUCAAGUACAAGAGCCUGGAAUCGUGGUUGUGGCUGCUCCGGUGAUAUCCUCUUUCAGUCUGGUGUCGUACAGAGAGAUUGACAAGGCGGCUGGCCUUCUUCUAUCUGGUCGUUAUCCUCAUGUCAUGGAGCUGGCUCGCCAGUUCUCAAAAAAGAAAGAAAAGUACCAGAAAGCGUUUCAUGUGGCAUUAAAUCUACUAUCGAACUAG